UUUGGGCUGCAUGCUAGGCUGUGUGCUCUGGUGGCUCAUCGCUGUGUCUCUGGGCUGCGUGCUGGGCUGUGUGCUCUGGUGUCUCAGCACUGUGUCUUUGGGCUGCGUGCUAGGCUGUGUGCUCUGGUGUAUCAGCACUGUGUUAUCAUGUUCUCAGGCUGUUUCCUGUUUUUUUCCCCUCCAUCGACCUGUUCAUGAACCUGUCAUUUGGAACAGAUUAGGGUCCUUGUCUUGCCAGUUUACAAGCUGCAAGAUCUGCGGUUCCUGAGGAAAUCUUAUUAUAUAUGGGUCAGAGGUUGAAAUAUUUCCCUUGUUUUAAAAUCCCCUGAAUCAUUCUCCGAGCAGCAUAUGCGAUACCUCAGCGUGUCACCCAAAUUUUUAACCGCGUUUGCCUAUCUCGUUUCCACUGAUAAGAGAGCGCUCUUUCUUAAUUACAACCCUCAAACAUCACUUCACCCUACGCAGCUGCCUUCGUUGGCGUUUGUCUUUUUUGUGACAUGCAGCGACCGGAAUCAGGACCCUCGGCAAAAAACACUCUCUCCCACGAAGGCCACAAAAGCAUUUCGUACAGGUGAAAUAAAUAUAAAACUAUACAUAAAAACUAAAUUCAGUCCCACAGGGAAUUUACCAGAAGGACCGUAGAAAGUCCCGGCUAGGAUUAUGUUGCCCCGGUAACCUCUUUUGCCACGCAGCUGCGACUGCACUUCAUUCAUGUAUAAAAAAAAUAAAAAUAACGACGUCACCAAAGUUCACAUUGAAAAGAGUAUUGUGUGUUGCAAGAAGAAGAAGAAGAAGAAGAAGAAGAAGAAGAAGAAGAAGAAGAAGAAGAAGCCCCGCCGCGUCCAGUCAGCUGUUUGAAAGGUGUUGAUGAGUUAAUUGUCGCGGACGAUUGGAGUCAAACUAGCCGGGAAAUGGCUGAGUUUACUGGUUGUUGUUACAUUAUGUGCAUUUGUCCUUUUGCAGCAACAUAUGAUUUACACGGACAGGCGGUUGCCGUUUACCAAACCGCGCAGAACUGCUGUAUGCUUUGCUGUAGCGGCUAAUAAAUCCAGCUUUGAAUAAAGGAGAGGAUCUCUGCAAAAAAGCGCUGAGGUGGCAGAAAUCCGUGACAGCCCGCUCUCUGAGUCUCGGUCAGCUUGCACAGCUGCUUGACUAGAAAAAAAAAACAAAAAAGUUUCCUGACAGUAAAACUAUUUGGCAUCUUACUUAAGACUAUUGUAAAGUUUUAAAACUAAAAAAAAAAAAAAAAAAAAAAAAAAAAAAAUCUGUAAUGUGAGUGCACUUCUGUACGUCUCCAUUGGAAACAGCAUAGAAUACAACCGCGCCUCGUAAUAAUUAACUUAAUGGAUGUAAUUAAUGAAGCGAUAAAUUCUCAGCUGCAGCAGACGACUCCUUCAAUAUACAAACGCGUUAUAUUUGUUUCUUUUGAUGUGAAAAUAAAAGCGGUAUUUUAUUGUGUUUGUGUGUGUGUGUAUGCAAGCAAGCAAGCAAGCAAGCGAUGGUCUCCGAUUCCAAAGGUCUGACUCUCCUGGCCUUGCUCCUGGGAUGUAAGCAAAUCGGUGUCCCGGGAUUAGGCACCAUGGAGGGGCAGAGCUCUUACACUAAACCCGCCCUCCGGAGGAAUCUCAUUUCCCCCCCUCAAACAAAAAAAAAAAAACACCUCCCAUUUUUCUCUCCCUCGCAUUCGUCCUCUUCUCCUUUCCUCUCCAUUUCUCCUCUGUCCCAAGCCUUCCCCGGCGCUAAACCAUGGACGUGAUGACGAGAAGCCUGCUUCUGCUUUUAAGUCUCCCGGUCGUGGUGGCGUUGGGUCCGGAUUUGGACUCGGUGGAACUCGGCUAUGAAGUGGAAAUCGAAGACAGUUCGGAGGAGAUCAAUUACAAGGAUCCUUGCAAAGCUGCUGCCUUUCUGGGGGACAUUGCCCUCGACGAGGAGGAUCUGAGAAUGUUCCGCGUGGAGAGGAUUGCAGAUCUCUCGCAACGCGCCAGGGUACACAACUCCAGCGGGCCUGGAGCCAAUGAAACCAAACGCUACCUCAUACGGGAGAGGCGGAGCCUGAGCAGAGCCUUGGGACGUAUGAAGAGGGCAGCGACCUCCCGCCCAGAAAGGGUGUGGCCAGAGGGAGUCAUCCCUUACGUCAUCAGUGGCAACUUCAGCGGCAAUCAGAGAGCCAUCUUCAGACAGGCCAUGCGACACUGGGAAAAACACACCUGCGUGACUUUCAUUGAGAGAACGGAUGAGGAGAGCUACAUUGUCUUCACAUACCGACCUUGUGGGUGCUGUUCCUACGUCGGUCGAAGAGGGGGCGGCCCCCAGGCCAUCUCUAUCGGGAAGAACUGUGACAAGUUCGGGAUCGUCGUGCAUGAGCUGGGUCACGUGAUCGGCUUCUGGCACGAGCACACGCGCCCGGACCGCGACGACCACGUGAGCAUCGUGCGAGAGAACAUCCAGCCAGGACAGGAGUAUAACUUCUUGAAGAUGGAGCCGGAGGAAGUGGACUCGCGCGGGGAGGGUUAUGAUUUCGACAGCAUCAUGCAUUACGCCAGGAAUACCUUCUCCAGAGGCAUCUUCCUGGACACCAUCCUGCCCCGCUAUGAUAUCAACGGCGUCCGACCUCCCAUUGGCCAGAGAACAAGGCUGAGCAAGGGGGACAUCGCCCAAGCAAGAAAGCUCUACAAGUGCUCAGCUUGCGGUGACAGCCUCCAGAACAGCAAUGGGAACUUCUCCUCCCCUGGCUUCCCCAACGGGUAUUCCGCCUACAUGCACUGCAUCUGGAGGAUCUCUGUCACCCCUGGAGAGAAGAUCAUUCUGAACUUUACCUCGAUGGACCUCUAUCGGAGCCACCUGUGCUGGUAUGACCAUGUGGAGAUCAGGGAUGGCUUUUGGCGGAAGGCUCCACUGAAAGGACGAUUCUGUGGAGACAAGCUCCCUGAACCCAUCAUCUCGACAGACAGCCAGCUGUGGAUCGAGUUUCGGAGCAGCAGCAACUGGGUGGGAAAGGGAUUCUCCGCAGUGUACGAAGCGAUCUGCGGCGGGGAGGUGAAGAGAGACAAUGGACAGAUCCAGUCUCCGAACUACCCUGACGACUACCGUCCCAGCAAGGUGUGCGUGUGGAAGAUCUCUGUGUCGGAGGGCUUCCAUGUGGGCCUGACCUUCCAGUCUUUCGAGAUCGAGAGGCACGACAGCUGCGCGUACGACUACCUGGAGAUCCGGGAUGGCAUCUCGGAGAGCAGCCCUCUGCUGGGCAGGUUCUGUGGCUACGACAAGCCCGAUGACAUCAAGACCAGCUCGAACCAGCUGUGGAUGAAGUUUGUGUCAGACGGCUCUGUGAACAAAGCGGGCUUCGCCGCAAACUUCUUCAAAGAGGUGGACGAGUGUUCCAGAGCCAGCAACGGGGGCUGCGAGCAGCGCUGUGUCAACACUCUGGGGAGCUACAAGUGUGCCUGUGACCCAGGGUACGAGCUGGCCUCCAACAAGCGCAGCUGCGAGGCUGCCUGCGGAGGAUUCAUCACCAAGCUCAACGGCUCCAUCACCAGUCCAGGCUGGCCGAAGGAGUACCCCCCAAACAAGAACUGCAUCUGGCAGCUGGUCGCGCCCACCCAAUACCGAAUCUCCCUGCAGUUCGACUUCUUUGAGACAGAGGGCAACGACGUGUGCAAGUAUGACUACGUGGAGGUGCGCAGCGGGCUCUCGGCCGACUCCAGGCUCCACGGGAAAUUCUGCGGGGCGGAGAAGCCGGAGGUCAUCACCUCCCAGUACAACAACAUGCGUCUGGAGUUCAAGUCGGACAACACCGUCUCCAAGAAGGGCUUCAAGGCUCACUUCUUCUCAGACAAGGAUGAGUGCUCGAAGGACAACGGGGGCUGUCAGCACGAGUGUGUGAACACCUUCGGCAGCUACUCCUGCCAGUGCCGCAGUGGCUUCAUGCUUCAUGACAACAAGCACGACUGCAAAGAAGGCUGCGAUCACAAAGUCACCAGCUUCUCUGGGAUCAUUACCAGCCCCAACUGGCCAGACAAGUACCCCAGCAAGAAAGAGUGCACCUGGGCUAUCACGAGCACCCCGGGACACCGUGUCAAAAUUGCCUUCAAUGAGGUGGACAUGGAGCCGCACCAGGAGUGUGCGUACGACCACGUCGAGCUGUAUGACGGCCGGGACGCCAAGGCCCCUGUGCUGGGGCGCUUCUGCGGCAGCAAGAAACCCGAGCCGGUCAUCUCCACCACAAACAGGAUGUUCAUCAAGUUCUUUUCAGAUAACUCUGUGCAGAAGAAAGGCUUUGAGGCAUCGCACACGGCAGAGUGUGGUGGGCGAAUGAAAGCCGAGGUGAAGACCAAGGACCUGUACUCACACGCCCAGUUCGGAGAUAACAACUACCCUGGCGCCUCAGACUGCCAGUGGGUGAUCUCGGCUGAGGAGGGCUACGGAGUGGAGCUCAUCUUCCAGACCUUCGAGAUCGAGGAGGAGGCGGACUGCGGCUAUGACUACAUGGAGCUCUUCGACGGCGUUGACAGCAAUGCUUCAAGGCUUGGCCGCUACUGCGGAUCAGGGCCUCCAGAAGAGAUCUACUCCACAGGACACUCCAUCAUGGUCAAGUUCCACUCGGACGACACCAUCAACAAGAAGGGUUUCCACGUGCGUUUCACCAGCACCAAGUUCCAGGAGACUCUGAACUUGAGGAAGUGACCCUUGGGGGCCGGGCAGGCGGGCGGGAGGGGCAAGGAUGGGUCUCGAAGCAGGGCGGGGCAGCGCCGGGUGCCAGCGAGACGAGGGACGAGGCGCGUGCCCGCGGCCCGGAAACCUCCAGUCACAAGGCAGAGGAUCAAAACCAACAUCAAGAACCAGGGGAAGAGUAAAA